GGCGGCUCUAUAAGAGGCGUAGGGCGCGGCGCACACAGAGCCUGGCCUCUCUAAGGAGGGCUGCAGCCGCUCGCUCCGCACCCCGCCAAAGCCCUGCUCGGGCGCCCGAGUGAAGUCGGGGUCAGCGAUGAUCGGAUACCGGAGGCACAUCAAGGAAUAAAUUCCUCCGCGGCCACCCGCCUUGAGCUCAUCGCUGGGGCUCCCUCCCUCCAUAUUUUUGCUGCCUUUUCAUCUCCCCGCGAAGAGACGCUCGGUGCUUGCAGGGGGGGGGCUGGGGGAAGCUACUUAUUCCUCCCCCGGCGCGGGAGAGCGGCGCAGCCAGCCCCACUUGCGGGGGAAGGGGGAACCCCGCCUUGGACAGCCAAAGGCGGCUGCUCUGCUGGAAGAUAGAGACGCUCAAGAUCCAUUCAGAGCCUAAAAACUAGACUGUGGAGAUGUCUGUGAAGUGAGCCAGUUCCCAAGCACAAGAUCAAGGGAUGAUCCGAGGCUGUCAUGUUUCCUCUCGAAUGUUUUGUCCCUGUGCCCCUCUUCAGCAGAGAGAUGCCUAGUUCUGCGCCUGCUCCCGCCAGCCCAGCCCUCUGUUGGUGACACACUCUUGCUGUCCCAGUGAAGGUUACCUGGGCUGCUGGCAUCAUUCCCGUACAAAAGAGAGAGCGGAGGGAGGAAUGAAUGAAUGAAAUUAUGCUGUUGAAGACACAGCUGGAACUGAUGUGCAACGACUGAUGCUCUGCAGAUUUUGCAACGAGACAAGUCAUUCCAGAGCCAACAAGUUCCUCCUUGCAAGCAGAGCUAAGCUGUACCCCCUUCUCAGCUGCUAAUCUCUCUGCUCAGCUGUGGGCUAGUCUGUGCUCAGUGGGUCUCGAGGUCUUGGGCUGCAGGCUAGAAGACCAAGGGCUACCAUGGAAGAGAAUGUGUUCAGUGUGCAGCAGAUACAGCCCAAUGUCAUUUCAGUGAGACUCUUCAAGCGCAAGGUUGGCGGUCUCGGUUUCCUGGUGAAGGAACGAGUCAACAAGCCCCCGGUAAUCAUCUCCGACCUGAUUCGGGGAGGGGCAGCUGAGCAAAGCGGCCUCAUCCAGGCUGGGGACAUUAUCCUGGCAGUCAAUGGCCGGCCCCUGGUGGACAUGAGCUAUGAGAGUGCCCUGGAGAUCCUGAGGAGCAUCGCUUCAGAAACCUAUGUGGUUCUGAUCCUGAGAGGUCCUGAGGGCUUCACCACUCACCUGGAGACCACUUUUGCCGGUGAUGGGAUGCCAAAGACUGUUAGAGUAACCAGACCUUUGUGCCCAACUGCCAAAGCGGUCGACUUAUCCAAUCCAAGAGAUCUGCAGCAGGGUGCAGACCAUACCAUGGGCUCGGCUAGUUCAGCAUGGGCCAGGGAGAACAGGAAGGAAGCGGAGUCCCUUGUGCACGUCAAUGGUGUGGUUACCAGCACUAAAGGCGAGGACGGGAAGGGAAGGGACAAUGCCGGUGCCAAUCCUUGCCUGAACGGUGGGGUCGAAAACAAUGAACUGCUAAAAGAAAUAGAGCCAGUCCUGAAACUCCUGAAGAGCGGCAGUAAGGAACUCAAUGGAGACGUGCCAACCAAGGUGGAGACAAGAGAUAUAGAAGUCCAGGUGGACUGUUUCAGGGAAGUGGACAAGUCCCAGAAACCUGCUCCAGCCGGGGUGGAAAAUGACCGAGUUUUCAAUGAUCUGUGGGGGAAGAGUGACACGCCCAUCGUCCUGAACAACCCCUACUUGGAAAAGGAGCAGCCACCACCAUCUGGCAGACAGUCCCCAACAAAGAACUUGGUGAAUGGAAGCCCUUCUAAGUGCCCACGAUUUGCCAAAGUCAAGAACUGGGAGACUGGCUCAGUGCUUCAUGACACUUUACAACUCAAGACAGCCAUGGCCAGUGCGUGCACAGAGCAGAUCUGCAUGGGCUCAAUAAUGACACCCACCCAGCAUGUCCGGAAACCAGAAGACACCAGGACAAAAGAGCAGCUGCUCCCCUUGGCUAAGGACUUCAUUGAUCAAUACUACUCCUCCAUAAAGAGGUUUGGCUCCAAGGCGCACAUGGAGAGGCUGGAAGAAGUGACCAAGGAGAUUGAAACCACAGACACCUACCAGCUGCGGGACACAGAGCUGAUCUACGGAGCAAAGCAUGGCUGGCGCAAUGCAUCCCGCUGCGUAGGCAGGAUUCAAUGGUCCAAGCUACAGGUGUUUGAUGCCCGAGACUGCACCACAGCUCAUGGGAUGUUCAAUUACAUCUGCAACCACAUCAAAUACGCCACCAACAAAGGGAACCUCAGGUCUGCUAUCACCAUAUUCCCCCAGAGGACGGAUGGCAAGCACGACUUCCGAGUCUGGAAUGCCCAGCUCAUCCGCUAUGCUGGCUACAAGCAGCCAGACGGUACCGUUCUGGGGGACCCAGCCAACGUGGAGCUCACAGAGAUCUGCAUCCAGCAAGGGUGGAAGGCUCCCAAGGGGCGAUUUGAUGUCCUGCCGCUCCUCCUCCAGGCCAACGGCAAUGAUCCCGAGCUCUUUGAGAUCCCCCCGGAGCUGGUGCUGGAAGUACUCAUCAGGCAUCCCAAGUUUGCCUGGUUUAAGGACCUGGGGCUGAAGUGGUAUGGUUUGCCGGCGGUGUCCAACAUGCUGCUAGAGAUCGGAGGCCUGGAGUUUACUGCCUGCCCCUUCAGCGGCUGGUACAUGGGCACUGAGAUCGGAGUCCGCGAUUACUGUGAUAACUCUCGCUACAACAUGCUGGAGGAAGUAGCCAAAAAGAUGAACCUGGACAUGAGGAAAACCUCGUCACUGUGGAAAGACCAGGCGCUGGUGGAGAUUAACAUCGCUGUUCUGUACAGCUUCCAGAGCGACAAGGUGACCAUUGUGGACCAUCACUCAGCCACAGAGUCCUUCAUCAAGCACAUGGAGAAUGAGUAUCGCUGCCGUGGGGGGUGCCCGGCUGACUGGGUGUGGAUCGUCCCACCAAUGUCCAGCAGCAUCACCCCGGUCUUCCAUCAGGAAAUGCUCAACUAUCGACUCACGCCCUCCUUCGAGUACCAGCCUGACCCUUGGAACACGCACAUCUGGAAAGGGGUCAAUGGGACGCCUACCAAAAAGAGAGCCAUCGGUUUUAAAAAGCUGGCCAAAGCCGUGAAGUUCUCUGCCAAGCUGAUGGGGCAGGCAAUGGCCAAGAGGGUCAAAGCGACCAUCCUCUAUGCCACGGAAACGGGGAAGUCCCAGGUCUAUGCAAAAACCUUAUGUGAAAUCUUCAAGCACGCUUUCGAUGCCAAGGUGAUGUCCAUGGAUGAGUACGACAUAGUCCACCUGGAACACGAAACCCUCGUCCUGGUGGUCACAAGCACCUUUGGCAAUGGAGACCCACCAGAGAAUGGGGAGAAAUUCGGCUGCGCGAUGAUGGAAAUGAGGAAUCCCAACUCUCACCUGGAAGAGAGGAAGAGCUAUAAGGUCCGUUUUAACAGCGUCUCCUCAUACUUGGACGCACGGAAGUCUUCAAGUGACGGGCCCGAAGCCAGGGACAACUUUGAGAGCACAGGGCCUCUGGCUAAUGUCAGGUUCUCGGUGUUCGGCCUAGGAUCGCGUGCCUACCCCCACUUCUGCGCCUUUGCCCGUGCCGUCGACACCCUGCUGGAGGAGCUGGGAGGGGAGCGUAUCCUCCGCAUGGGGGAGGGGGAUGAGCUCUGUGGCCAGGAAGAGUCUUUCAGGACAUGGGCCAAAAAGGUCUUCAAGGCAGCGUGCGAUGUGUUCUGUGUGGGAGACGACGUGAACAUUGAGAAGGCCAACAACUCCCUCAUCAGCAACGACCGGAGCUGGAAGAGGAGCAAGUUCCGCCUGACCUAUGUGGCUGAGGCCCCCGAGCUCACCCAAGGUCUGUACAGCAUUCACAAAAAGCGAGUCUAUGCCGCCCGGCUUCUCACGCGCCAGAAUCUGCAGAGCCCAAAAUCCAGUCGGUCAACGAUUUUCCUGCGACUUCACACCAACGGGCAGCAGGAGCUGCGCUACCAGCCUGGAGACCACCUGGGAGUGUUUCCAGGCAACCACGAGGACUUGGUCAGCGCCCUGAUGGAAAGACUUGAGGAUGCACCCCCAGCCAACCAGCUGGUGAAGGUGGAGCUCUUGGAGGAGAGGAGCACAGCUUUAGGUGUCAUCAGUAACUGGACGGAUGAGAACCGCAUCCCACCCUGCACCAUCUUCCAGGCAUUUAAGUGCUACCUGGACAUCACCACGCCUCCCACCCCGCUGCUGCUGCAGCAGUUUGCCUUACUGGCCACCAGCGACAAGGAGAAGAAACGUCUGCAGGUCCUUAGCAAGGGCUUGCAGGAAUACGAGGAGUGGAAAUGGUCCAAGAACCCCACCGUGGUGGAGGUGCUGGAGGAGUUCCCGUCCGUGCAGAUGCCCUCCACCCUGCUGCUCACCCAGCUGCCCGUGCUGCAGCCUCGCUAUUACUCCAUCAGCUCCUCCCCCGACAUGUCCCCGGACGAGGUGCACCUCACCGUGGCCGUGCUCUCCUACCGGACUAGAGAUGGGGAAGGACCGAUACACCACGGGGUCUGUUCCUCUUGGUUCAACCGGAUACAGGCUGAUGAAGUUGUGCCUUGUUUUGUAAGAGGAGCUCCUGGGUUCCACAUGCCACAAGAUCCCCAGGUUCCCUGCAUCCUGAUUGGCCCAGGUACGGGAAUCGCCCCCUUCCGGAGCUUUUGGCAGCAGCGGCUCUUUGAAAUCGAGCACAAAGCACUGAAGCCCUGUCCGAUGAUUUUGGUCUUUGGGUGCCGACAGUCCAAGAUCGACCACAUUUACAAAGAGGAGACCCUCCUAGCCAAAAACAAAGGCAUCUUCAAAGAGCUGUACACAGCCUACUCCCGGGAACCAGACAAACCAAAGAAAUACGUGCAGGACGUGCUGCAGGAGCAGCUGGCUCAGUCGGUGUACAAAGCGCUGAAGGAGCAGGGAGGCCACAUCUACGUGUGCGGGGACGUCACCAUGGCCGGGGAUGUCUUCAAGGCCAUUCAGCGCAUCGUGAAGCAGCAGGGGCAGCUGUCUGUGGAGCAGGCCGGUGCUUUCAUUAGCAAGCUGAGGGAUGACAACCGAUACCACGAGGAUAUUUUUGGAGUCACCUUGCGUACAUAUGAAGUGACUAACCGCCUUAGAUCUGAGUCAAUUGCGUUCAUUGAGGAAAGCAAAAAGGACACGGAUGACCAGGAAUAGCAGAGACAGGAACGGGCCUCUGAUCUGAAAGGUCGAAUCAGACAAAGCUGCAGUACAGUUUCUUUGAGAGAACGAUCAACUCAGUGGGCUAAAUCCAUUCCAGAAGGAACUGCCCAGGUGAAUCUGACCCAUUGUAUCCGCGAACACAGCCUUUGCCAUUCCACGAGCCCCUGGCACAACAGACAAGCUAGAGCGCGGGAGUGGGCAGGCACAGCUGGAGCUGGUUGAAAAUUUCCCGAUGGAAUAAAGUUCAGUGGGAACGCGCCAAUUGGACGGAAUUGAAUUGUUCUGUGGGAAUGUGUCCAUUUCGUCAAUGGACACCAGACCAGCCAGCUGUCAGGCUCCCUGGGAGCCACAGCUCUCCAAUGCCUGGGCUGCACACCUGGUAGGGGGGCAAACUUGCCGGCUACCCGGGGAGCCAGAUGGCCAGUUCCCCAGCCAAGGGAGCUAACUGAAGGCCCGAUCCCGUUCACACUGAAACCAAAUGGCAGAAUACUCAUUGGGAUCCAAGGUGGCUUUACUGGCUCCAUGCUGAAGCUCAACUGGCUGGUGGCCAGAUGUGCUCAUGGCAUUUAAAGGCUAACUGUCCCGUGCCAGUAAGGGGGACUGCUGGGCUAAGCGUGGAAGGGAGUAUUGGUAGCU